AUGGCGGAGAUCGCGAAUUUCCUCAGUAUCACGCCUUCAGUCGACACUAAGGCGAUUCAGGGCAAGGGCAGCUACCACGAGUGGGUGGAGCUCCUCCGUCUAAUUGUUGACUUGGUGGAAGCUAGCUGCUAUGCCGACAAUCCAGAGUGGAGUGUUGAUGAGCAGUUGGCAAAGGAUGUACAACUUGUAGAUUCCAUUGCUGAGAAACAGGCGCAAAUUUUUUCAAAGGAGUGCAAGCUUUUUCCUGCAGAUGUCCAAAUACAAUCAAUUUACCCCCUGCCUGAUAUAGCAGAAUUAGAGUUGAAGCUCUCUUAG